AUGGUCUCCAGUCCCCUUGCCAUGCUGGCCACUCCCCGGGCUGAGGUACUGGAGGAGGUGCUGAGGGAGCAGUUUGGGACCCGGCCCCAGUUAGCAGCCAUCAGCCGGAUGAAGAGGCAGCCGUCGGGCACUUACACCUCCACGGAGGACUUGAAGGAGGUGCUGGAGAGGCGGCAGGUGGCCAACGCCAAGGAACGGGAGCGGAUAAAAAAUCUAAAUCGUGGAUUUUCCAAAUUGAAGGCCAUUGUGCCACUCCUUCCCAAAGACAGGAAGCCCAAUAAGGUGGACAUUCUUAAAACGGCAACUGAAUAUAUACGCCUUCUGCGUGAGAUUUUAGAAGACACUAAAGACUUUGAGGGCCUUCAGACAAAUUGCUAACUGUUGCUGAAGCCUAAAGACAUCUCUGUGCUAAUUGAACAAACAACUCAGACUUGAAUGUAUACAGUGCUCUUCAGC